AGAAGAAAAAGAAAAAAAAAGUCAACGUUUUUUUGAAUAAUUGUUGUUAGAAGGCGUCGUUCAAUAAGCGUGACAGAUAUAUCACGUGUAUUAAUCGUACACGUAUUCUACAUAUAUCGAUAUAUAAAUAUAAAUAUAUACGUAACAUAAAAAAAAAAAAGUAUAUAUAUAUAUAUAAAAUAUAAUCGAGGAGGAGCAAUAAGUGUCGGAAUCGUGUGAGCAAUUAUUUUAUUCUCAUCGUACUUUUUUUUUUCUCUCUUCCCUCCCUUUCCCCUCUCCCCUCCCCGCCCCCUCUCUUCUUCGACCAUAAUUUUCUCCGCUCGUUGAUCGGUUUUCUUUUUUUUGAAUUUAUCGGUGACCGCGUAUGAUUCCCUGCGGAGAGUAUAUACAUAAGAUUGGACAGAGAGUGCAAUCGAGUUGUGAUUAUCGAAGUGGACUGACCGAUCGAUUUCUCGGCUGUGAAGUGAAUUAAUAUCCCAGGAAAACGAUUGAAAACGGAGAAAGGAAGUGAGCAGCGAGUACAGACAACGGGCGAGCAACGGGUGGCUGGAAACGGUGACUUACAUCGAGAGCGCCAACCUGCAAUCAAGGUUCAUGGUUUUCAUGGAUGAGAGCGAGCUCUCGAGCAAGCGGUGGGCCAGCGCGCCCCGCCGCCCGGACAGCCCCUGCGUCCUGGGGGCACCAACGUCUAGGGAGGCGGCGGGACCGCCGGUGCAGCUGGAACCAGUGGAUCUGUCCGUGAAAACUCCCGUGGUGUUGCAGGUGCCCCGGUACAGUCCAGCGGCUAUAAUUACCGCCACGGCUAGAAGAAUCCCUUCACCUUCCACGACGCCUACGCCACCGCCGCUCUCCGCGUCUACCGUGUCGCCGCCUUUGCCGCCUGUGGUCGAAACGGCGUGGGAUAGAAACCGGGAACGUGAACGCGAGAGGGUGCGAGAGAGGAGCACGGAGAACGAGCACAGGCAGCUAGACAGAGAAUCGGGGAUAAGGGAGAGGGAGACGAGGGAUCGGGAGAAGGAGCGGGAUCGCGAUAGGGAGAGGCAAAGGGACAGGGAUAGAGAGCGGGACGUGUCGGUCCGCAUGAUGGAACCGCUCGAUCCCGUCUUCGUCUCCCCCUCGGCGGCCCUCCUCGCGUUGCAGAGGAUAAAGGAAACGUCCCUGGGAUCGCUGGUUGGAAAUUUCAGGGUGUUCCACAAGCGUCCGGCGCUGGCGAGCGGAAUAGGGAUCGGCGGAAGGGUGAACGCCGGUGUCGGAGGGAACGGCGGCAGCCUCGCGAUGGACGGCGAAUGCGGCGACGCGUUGAAGAGGCGCAAAGUUCACAGAUGCGACGUCGCCGGCUGCGACAAGGUGUACACCAAGAGCUCCCACCUCAAGGCUCACAAGAGGACCCACACCGGUACGAUAUCUCCAAUUAUUUCGUUUGGAAAUUCGUUCAAGAUCGAAAGGAACGCAGUAAAAUGGCUAUUUUGGGGACAGUGUUAGAAAAUGUGAAUUAGUCUCCAAAGCAUGUACUAUCUGCACCAUUAUGCAAAACAGAAAUUUGUUCGGGGCACGAGUAACAAAUGGUCCACGGUUCAAGCCAUCAUUUGUAAGGACACAACUUAGUUUGCAUGUAUGCAUCUGCAGGCCGCAUUAAGUUAGUUACGCUUAAAUGCAAAUUGACGCGUUAAUCGAUCUGUUCUGACUUCGGAACUCUGUGUAUAAUGAAUCUCCGCACGAGAUCGAGUCCGCCAAAAAAUUAUAUUAUCUCUCUGCUGUCUCUUGGCAUAUCUUAACUAUCAAAUAUUUAAAAAAAAAAGAGAAAAGGAAUAAUAUAAUUAUUUAUUAUAAUAUUGCAGUAUCAACUCUAUUAAAAUAUUAUAAUAUCAUAAUGAUUUUUUAAAAAUCGAGUUCUAUUAAUUUCUCUUUAUUUUUUCGUAUAAAUUUCUCACGAUUGGAUCGUGUCAAGUACGCCACGAUUAAUGUUCGAUCGUUCUUCUCAUACCAUUUAGACUACUAUAUUGUAUGCGAAAUGAUGAGAACCCCCUGAGCAUCUAUUCAUGAUUGUAUGGCAUAAUAGUAUCAGAAGGUAUGUGUUCACCUGAGAUCGAUUCUGAAUUCGCGCCCCGGGCUGAUCGACGAACUCGUCACAGUACAUUUGACUCGAUCGUGACUGAUAUUCUAGCGGUAGUAACUUUCAAUUCUCAUAUCUAUUUACGAACAAAAGUCGAAACAUCUUCUUUUGAUUGCUCGGAUCGAAUUUGAACCGGAAUGCAAUAUACGGAUGAUGAAUGAAACGAAUCAGACUAUAAUUAUUUAUUAGAUGUGAUCGAAAUUAUUCCGAAACCGUUACAUUAAACAUAGACGAAGGUUAAUGUUGAUUAAGACCUAAUUAUGAUUAUAUGAGAAACUGUUUAAAUCGAUAUUUGUGACAUCGAAUAUAAAAUAACGUUCUACGAUAUUCCUAACCUUAAAUUAAUUAACUUAUUGCUUAUGGAU